CUCAAUGGGAUAGUACGACACGACACCUGCAGCACGGUAGACUCACGAACGCGAUUAUAGUUUGAGUCCGUCGCUGCAUUUUCUGUUCGUCGUCGAGAAAAUGGCGUCUCUCACUAGUGCCCGUCUCUUGAUGAGAAAUACCGGUACCCUUAGAAAUUCGAUCAGUCGAUUUUGUUUACGAGGCGUCGUCACACAACUUCAAUUAAAUGAGAGAUUUUUCCACUGUGAAAGACGAAGUGCCAUUGCAAAUAUAAGACAGGUAAAAACUAAGAAUAUUCGCUCAUAUUCUACAGAUGACAAAAGUAAGAAGCUUGAAGAACGUGUGUUAAAAGUGGUUGCAGCCUAUGAUAAAAUAUCUGCUGAUAAGGGCAUAAGGGACACUCGAGUCAAGCAGGUGCGUCACUACAGCCAUAAGCCACCUCUAACACUUGACUAUAUUCAGCAGAGAGUACUUUUAGUACUCAAUCUCUAUGAUAAAAUUGAUCCUAAGAAGUUGACUGUGAGCUCCCAUUUCAUGAAUGAUUUGGGCCUGGAUUCCUUGGAUCAUGUAGAAAUUAUAAUGGCAAUAGAAGAUGAAUUUGGUUUUGAAAUACCAGAUAUGGAUGCAGAAAAACUGUUGCGACCUGCGGAUAUAGUGCGCUAUGUUGGGGAUAGAGAAGAUGUUUAUGAUUAAACGUUUUCGUCAUUUUUAACAAUGCAUUAGUCAAUUUUUCUCAUUUCUGAAGCAUUGUACAAACA